AUGACUAUGUUAAAAAAGCAUUUGAAUUUGGCAAUUAGGACUGACUCUGUUGAUGAAUUAAUUGGAUUGUUUCGUGGGCGUCCACUUAAAAGAUUAAAAAGUGCAGCGGAAAUUGAUAAAAGUAAAAGGCCCUUGAAAGAACUUACAAAUAUUAACCAAAUUGUUGAACAAGAUUCAUCCAAUUAUGCAGAAACAAGUGUAGCUAGAGCAAUUCGUGAACGUGGACAGCGAAUAUGUAGAAAAUGUGGUAAAUUUGGCCAUUAUCAAAAGAAUUGUAAUAAGUAA